AUGGAAGAAAGAGAGGUGGUGCGACGACUUCUACGGGCGACGCCUUCAAAAUUCAAUGCACUCACCUUGUCUUUAGAGCAAUAUGGCGAUUUGGACAAAAUCAGCCUAAAUGAAGUAAUUGGUUCUCUGAGCGUCCACAAAUUGCAGCUCAAGGAGCUAGAAUCACAGGAAGAGGAGCAAGCAUUACUAGCGAGAGCAUUGAGCAAAGCCAAAUUCUUAAGUGAGAAGGAGGAGUCAUCUUGCGGAAGAGACAUAUAUUGUGGCCACAGCAGAGGCAGAGGCAAAGGCAGAGGCUGUGGCCAUGGUCGACGUCCACCUCUUGACGACGUGAAGAAGUAAUUUGAUAAAUCACAAAUUUAAUAUUACAAUUGCGAGAAGUAUUAACACUUUGCUUAUGAGUGUUGAAGUGCAAAGAAGGAGAAGGAAGAACGAGUUUAUGUGAGUAAUUCUUCUGCACCGACAGUAGAAUCUUUGCUUCUGAUGACAAUUGUGGAGGAACAUGAUGGCCUACUACUUUAGGGCUCCGAGAUGAUGCUCUCCGAUCCCAAUCUCUAGUAUCUUGCUACUAGAGCGACAGAUCAUAUGUCUGGCCGUCGAAAAUUCUUUAAGGACUUAGAUGAAACUGCAUUUGAAUUUGUCAAAUUCGAUGAUAAUUCAAAGGUUGAAAUUAAAGAUAGAGGUAAUAUUCUAAGUAAUCAGAAAGAUGGUAGACUGCUCUGGCUUCUUAAUGUCUUAUUUGUCCCUCAAUUGGUGACUAACAUUCUUACUCUCGGCUGCUUGUAUGAAGAAGGCUGUCGUAUGACAAUGUAUGGAGGUCAGUUGAUUAUUUUUGAUUGUGAUGGUCGUCUAUUUACUGAAGUUCAAAGAUUCGAAUGUACACUGUACUUACUGAAAUUGAAUGUGGUGGAUCAGUGUUUGUUUACCCAUUGACAACAAUUAUGAGAAAUAGUUGUGGCAUUCUCGAUUUGGACAUCUUAGUUUUCACCAUUUGAAAGAGAUGACUAGUAAGUAUAUCAUGGAGGAACUUCCUCAUAUCAGAAUUCUUGUUCAUCUCUACAGUAAUUAUGUUGUUGUAAAGCAACACCGAUCACAAUUUCCUCAAGUCACCACAUUUAGAGCUUCUGAACCUCUAGAGCUUAUCUAUAUUGACAUUUGCAGGUCUAUUACACCACCCACCUUAAAGGGAAGUAGAUAUUUCUUCCUAAUUAUCCAUGAUUACUCUUAUCUAACGUGGGUGGCUAUGUUGAAGUAAAAAUUCGAUGCAUUUGCUACAUUUAAGCAAUUCAAUACUCUAAUAAAGACAAAGACGGGUGUGAAGAUCAAGAACUUCAUAUCAGACUGAGGAGGAGAAGUUACAUUUGAUAAAUUUGACAAUUAUUGUGUCUCAAAAGGCAUUAAGAGGCAAUUAAUGUCCCCUUACCUCAACAGAAUAGAGUGAUGGAGAGAAAAAACCAGAUUGUGAUGUCCAUGGUCCAAAGCAUGUUGAAGGCAAAUGAGCUGCCUCGAGAGCUGUGGGGAGAAACAGUAAGCACUGUUAUUUACAUCUGUAAUCACUCAUUUACUAAAAGUCUAUAAGGAUUGACUCCUUACGAGAAGUAGAUCCGGAGAAAGUCCCACAUUGAUCACUUGAGAGUCUUUGACUCAAUUGUCUAUAUGAAAUGCACUAGAGGAUCACAGAGCAAGUUGGAAGACCAAAGUUAACUUAUGAUCUUCAUUGGAUAUGAGGUGGGCUCCAAGGCCUACAAAUGCUAUAACCGGAUUAAUGGCAAAGUCAACAUCAAUCAAGAUGUCAUUUCUGAAGAAAAUUGUAAGUGAGAUUGGACAAAGAAAGGUAAUUUUUUUUACUAAUUAUACUUUCUUACCUGAUUUUCUAUCUAAUUAGGGUAUGAAAGAAGACUCUGAUGCCGAAGUUGAAGAUAUGGAGGUGUUUGGAUCUCGAGAGGAGACUUCAAUCUCUUAGAGUGAGUUUGAAGAAAGUCAACUUCACAAAUACAAGUUUAUUACUGAAAUUUACUCAGAGACGACUUCAAUUCCACUAG